AUGGGCCAGUCACCAAGUUUCACGGAAGAUGCUGACAAUGACAUGGAGCGAAUGAACACUUCCAUGGAUCCACCACUGAAAAACAAUCAACUAGUCGUAGACCCCAAAAUCUACUCUUCUCUCUCUCUACAGACCUCCAACAUUGAAUUAACCUGCUCCGAAGAUUUAUUUGGUCCUAUCGAACAAAAUAUUUGGGCAAAUUUACCACUGGAUGCGAUUCGUUAUAUCUUUGAAUUUUUGUCCUUUCGCGAAACUUUCAACGUGUCCGUUGUUUGUAAGAAAUUUAAUGCGUUGUGUUGGAAGCAUUUGAAAGAAAUUGAUAUUUGUAAAGAAAGUACAAGUGCUGCAAGGGUAGUCACUGAUAAUAUUAUUUUACGUGUCAUAUCAUUAGCCACGAAUAUCGAAAGUUUAAGCUUGUAUGGUUGCAGACUGUUAACAAAUACAAGUUUGAGUGCUAUUGUCCAUCAAUCUGAAACGUUGACAAGUUUAGAUCUUUCCUACACACCACGUUUGAAUGCUGAAACUCUUAAACUCAUCUCCAAGAAAUGUACAAAAUUGAAAAGAUUAGUUUUAGGAGGAAUAUAUAGUUUCACAUACGAUGGUAUGAACCAAACCUUGAAAAAUUCCUUAGAAUUUCCUAAUUUAGAGAUUUUUGUACAUCGUCGAGCUCAGUAUUUUGGACCUGAAUUUAUUUCAUAUUUGAAGACUCAUGAAAAAACAUUGAAAGGCAUUAAUUUAGGACGACCUCAAACCACAUCCUAUAAUGAUGCUAAACUUUGUGAUUUUAUAUUUACUAAUGAAAUGUUUCAACUCAACUUGGUUUUUCUCAAUUUGGAUGGUAUUUUAGAGCUUGGACCAUCCUUUGAAUCUCUUAUUGCACUUGCAAAAUUUAAGAAUUUACAAGGAUUAACACUUUCAUCAUUUGGACAAAAUUUAAAUGGCGUAGAAACUGUAUUGAAGAGUAUUGGAAACAAUUUGAGGUAUUUUGUUGUAACAUGUAUGGAUCUCAAUGAUGAAUUGUUAGAAAUUCUUAUCAAGAUUGGAAUGAAGGAGUUGAAAAUUUUCUCAAUGUCACAUUUGGCCUUUCCAUAUGGAGGUCAUCCGAAUCGAGUCGAGAAUGUGAAAAAAGUAUUGAAAUGCUCAUUACAAAAGAAAGCUUUUCAAAAUUUGGUUUGUUUUGAAUAUUCAUUGCCACACAAUACCAAAGAUGAAGAAUUGACAAGUCUUGUUUCACAAUUUAAAGAGUUGAAAAUGUUAAUCACAUGGAAAAAGAGACUUGAAUUUGAAGAUUAUUAA